UCCUAACCCAUCCACAUCUGCAUUAAUUAUUUUAAAUAAAAACACAGCAUUUGCACAUGGUUGAUAAGCCAUCUUCUCUGAUGUCUUCACAAAUGGAUAUAUCAUCAAUCACCCUCUCCAUAGUGUAGAAAGCCUCCCAAAAACAAAAACAGAAAAACAAAGGGUCUCAUUAACUUUGAUCAUAUGAGUUCUAGGAGCAGGAGAGAGGGCAAAGGCCCUGCCUUUCAAUUGAGCACUCCAUUUCCAAGCUUCCUCAAGAUUGUCGUUCAGCAGGCUCUUCAAGAUGGGAAGCUUAAAAUUCCAAAGAUGCUUGUGUUGGAAUAUGGAGAUUUAAUGGCGGACAAAAUAUUCCUUGAGGUUCCAGAUGGUGCAGUUUGGCCAGUAAAACUGACUAGGCCCUGCAACGGAGAGAUUUGGCUGCAAAAGGGAUGGCCAGAAUUCGCGAAAUUUUACUCCCUAAAGCAUGGUUGCUUGUUAUUCUUCAAUUAUGGAGGGGAACAUUCCCAUUUCAGAGUUCGCAUUUUCAUGAGAAAUACUCUAGAGAUGAACUAUUUCAGUUCAAGUACUGAUGAUGAAGCUGAAGGCAAUUCCAAUCCAAGUAGUGAAACUGAAGGUCAAGGAAAUAAGCAUGACAGGGAAAAAAGAACUCAUGGUGCUGAUCAUGGAGGAAAGUCUACUGCAUCAGAGGCUCCAUUGAGAACUUUUGCAAAGACAGAACUUGAAGAUUUAGCAUACUCAAAAGCUUUAAGCUUCAAAUCUAACAAUCCAUUUUUUUGUGAUGAAAAUGCAUCUAUCAUACUUAUCAACUCACCUGGUAACCAACCCUAAUGAGCCAAUAAGUGUACCCUUUGCCAACAAACGCAUACUUGCAAGAGGUGUUUCAUCAGAUGUGACCCUGCAGAUCUCAAAUGAUGAGAGAUCUUGGGCAGUCAAGUGCAUUACCACUGUAUACAAGGGGAGACCAAGAACAAGAUUCCACAAUUUUGGUUGGGGGGCAUUUGUGAAGGACAGUCAUUUGGAAGAAGGUGAUGCCUGUGUGUUUGAGCUUAUGAGUAAUAUGUUGUUUCUAGCUUAUAUGCAAGACCUCUUUUAUUAUCAUGUUAUGCUAUCUUCUCGGAUAACUUGUGACUUAAUUUUAUGAAUAUUUGAAGAUGAUUUUUUUUUUUUU